CCAGCAUGUUCUCUUUUUCUCUCUACCGGCAACCGUGCUGUGUGGCCCCAGGUCUGCUGCGUAUUUCCAGAUCCUAAUGAACAUGGAGGAACAUAAUUCAUCUUUGGUGGUAGAAUCAUCUUACCCAGACUUGGUCAUCAAUGUAGGAAAAGUAACUCUUGGUGAAAGAAACAGAAAGAAGCUGCAGAAAAUUCAGAGAGAGCAAGAGAAGGCAAAAGUUAUAAAAGCUGCAUGUGCUUUAUUAAACUCAGGAGGAGGAGUGAUUCAGCUGGAAAUGGCAAACAACGAUGAGCAUCCUGUGGAGAUGGGACUGGAUUUAGAAGAGUCUUUGAGAACACUUAUUCUGUCUUCAAAUUUGCAGGCUUUCUUCAAGACUAAGCAACAAGGGAGGUGUUAUUACAUUUUUGUUAAGUCUUGGAGCAGUGACACUUUCCCUGAAGACAGUUCCUUUAAGCCCCGCAUUUGCAGCCUGAGUUCAUCGUUAUACUGUAGAUCUGGCACUUCUGUGCUUCCCAUGGAUUCAAGAGAGGCAUUCAGGUUCCUGAAAACCAAGAAAAUAAAUGCAGAAAUCUUGGGGAAAGAACCUUUUGGUAAAGUUGUCAAGGUUAUACAUCAAGACCUCCAUAACUCGGAUCCUACUUACCUAGUUUUCCAAAAAGACCAGCUUGAAUACGGUGAAAUCAUGCCUUUUCCCGAGUCUCAAUUCAUAGAGUUUAAGCAGUUCUCUACAAAACACAUUCAAGAAUAUGUGAAAAACAUAAUUCCAGUGUACAUCCCUGCAUUUGCAAACACUGAAGGAGGCUAUCUUUGUAUUGGAGUGGAUGAUAGGAGUAAGAAAGUUCUGGGAUGUGCUAAAGAAAAGGUUGACCGUGAUUCUUUGAAAAAGAAAAUAGAAAAUACAAUAUACAAAUUACCUUGUGUCCAUUUUUGCCAGUCUCAAUGCCAGAUAGAUUUCACAGUCAAAAUCUUGGAUGUGUUAGCUGAGGGAGAGCUAUAUGGCUAUGCUUGUGUAAUCGGAGUGAAGCCAUUCUGUGGUGCACUUUUCUCAGAAGCUCCCUGUUCCUGGAUGGUGAAGGACAAGGAUAUUUGCAAACUGGCAACUCAGGAAUGGGUAGGCAUGGUGAUGGACACAGAUCCAGAUUUUACAUGGUUGUGCAAAGACUUUGAAUCUCAGCUGAGUCUGUCUAGCGGGCCUCCUCUUAGCAGACCAGUGUACUCCAAGAAAGGCCUGGAACACAACAAGGAUCUCCAGCGACUUUUAUUUCCAGUGCUACCAGGACAUCUGAAAUAUAUUCCCGAAUCCCUCUGGAAGGAGCUGUCUUCACAGAAUGAAGGUUUGGAGGAAUUAAUAAAUAGGCAAAUACAUUCAUUCUCCCAGGGAAUUUUAAUCCUUUCUAGAAGCUGGGCUGUGGACCUGAACUUGGAAGAGAAGCAAGCAGUCAUCUGUGAUGCUCUGCUGAUAGCAUGGGACAGUCCCCCCAUUCUCUACACCAUUCUCAGGGAGCAGGAUGCAGAUGAGCAGUCCUAUUGCACCAGCACCGCCUUCACUCUGAAGCAGAAGCUGGUGAACAUGGGGGGCUACUCUGGAAAUCUGUGUGUCAUUUCCAAGGUCCUCCACCUGCGUCCUGAGAGCAAUGCAGAGUCCUCAGAGGGUACGGCAUCCCUGAUUGAUUACCCUAGGUCCUAUUACUUUGCAAACACUCAGCAAAUGGAAACGUUGCUGCAGUCCCUCGUGAUUGUCUUGCUUGGCUUCAGAUCUUUCUUGAGUGACCAGCUUGGCUGUGAGGUUUUGAAUCUGCUCACAGCCAAGCAGUAUGAGAUCUUCUCAAAAAACCUCCGCAAGAACAGAGAGUUGUUUAUCCAUGGCUUACCUGGCUCAGGGAAGACAAUCAUCGCCAUGAAGAUCAUGGAGAAGAUCAGGAAUAUGUUUCACUGUGAGGCAAAUGAAAUUCUCUACAUUUGUGAGAACCAGCCUCUGAGGAAAUUUAUCAGUGACAAAAAAAUCUGCCAUGCGGUGACCCGGAAAACCUUCAUGAAAGAUGACUUUCAAAAGAUUCAACACAUCAUCAUCGAUGAAGCUCAGAAUUUCCGCAGUGAAGAUGGGGACUGGUAUGGCAAGGCGAAAACCAUCACUCAGAGAGACAAGGAUUGCCCAGGAAUUCUCUGGAUCUUUCUAGACUACUUUCAGACCAACCACGUGGAGCGCAGCGGCCUCCCUGCUCUCUCAGCCCAGUAUCCAAGGGAAGAGCUCACCAGAGUGGUCCGCAACGCACAUCAAAUAGCCGAAUACUUACAACGUGUAUUGCAGGAGGUCAGAAAAAAUCCUCCACCUAACAUCCCCCCUGGGUCUCUGCAGAUGCUUCCUGAAGCUGAUUGGGCUCAGGGUGUUCAGGGAACCUUAAAUAUUAAGGAAAACUUGACUCUGAAUAAAAUAGUGACACAUGUGGCAGACACUUGCAAGCUUCUCUUUGAAAGGGGCUAUUCUCCCAAGGAUGUCGCUGUGCUUGUUAGCACCACAAAAUAUGUGGAGUGUUACAAGCAGGAGCUCUUGAGAGCGAUGAGGAAGAUAAAGGUAGUGCGCUUCACCGAUGCAAGUGACAUGUCAGGUGAUCACAUUGUGUUGGACAGUGUCCGAAGAUUCUCUGGCCUGGAAAGGAACAUCGUGUUUGGGAUCCAUCCAGAGACAGUUGAGCCAGCUCUCUUACACAACAUUCUUGUCUGUCUGGCAUCCAGAGCAAAUCAACAGCUACAUAUUCUGUGGCCCUGUGACGUUUAGGAAGAGUUCCAAACCAAAACAAGAUGAAGCGAUUACUAUGUAAAUGUCCAUAGGUGACAAUCUGCUUGGUAUUGGGAGAAACUUCUCUUUUCUGUUCAUAGGUCAGCUAGAGAUUUGGGCAGAGCUGACACACAGAAUUUGGAACUUUCCCUCUCUGGCUCUCUCCUUUCAGGGAUUCCUCCCCUACCCCCUUUCAGCAGCUAUUGUCCCAAACUCUGUCCCCGAUUCUUCCAGCCAGAAUGAUAGUGGUUUUCUGAAGGAGCUUUAACCACCCUGCACAGCACAGACUAUGACCCACCCUGCGGUUAAAAACCAUAAAAACGAUACACUCGUCCUGUGGCCGUUCUUUCUUCUAAGUCUGGACCUCCACAGUGCAAUUUUUUGUUUUUUAAAAUUUGUCCACGGUUUAUAUUUAUCUGCAGAAGGGUGGCCUAGUAGAAACUACCUUGGCCAUACCAGAAGCAUACCAGAAUUUUUGGUUCCUGAAUUCUUGACAUUUCUCUUUGCUAUAUUGAUCCAGGACUUGGGAGAUUCCCAAGAUAAUUCAAACUGUGACCAAGUGGGCCUUAAUAAUUUUGACAGAACAGAGAGCACUGAUACAAUUAUUUAAUCCUUUAAAACUGUAAUCUCCAUUUUUUUUUUUUUUUGCCCUCAGAAUAACCCAGAUCAAGCUUUAAUUGUGAUAGUAAGCAUUAAUUGUCACUUUACUGAGAAAUUACAGGCCAUUAGAAAACAAAAAUAAAGCCGUUUUCUCUGGCUUUCAGUGAGAGAUAGCAUUAGGAACCAAAAUCUGGUUCUAAAGAUACACAUAGGCCAUUAAGUAAACAGAGCUAGGAAAGAUACAGUCUUUACAGAUCAACUUCUCAACUCAGCUCUACGUAUUGUUCUAUAACAUAUCAGCCUAAAUUUUAAGUCAAGUACAUUCUUGAACUGUAUUUUUCCCCUUUACUUUUAUAUUUUGGUGGGCUACAGUUAUGGACUGAAUGUUUGUGUCCCCCUGAAAUUCAUAGGUUGAAGCCCUAGCGUUUAGUGUGGCUGUUUUUGUAGAUUUGUAAGGAAGUAGUUACAGCUAAAUGAAGUCAUAGGAUGGGGACUUGAUCUCAUAGGAUUAGAGUCCUUAUGAGAAGAGACACCCAAGAGCUCUCUCUGUCCCUCUCUCUGUGCACACAUAAACAAAAGGUCAUGUGAGCACAGAGAGAGAUGGUGGCCACCUCCAAGCCAAGAGAAGAAGCCUCAGAAUGAAAUUAAUCCUACUAACACCAUGAUUUUGGACUUCCCAGCAUCUAGAACUAUGUGAAAUAUAUUUCUGUUGCUUAAGCCACCCUGUCUGUGGUAUUCUGUUAUUGCAGCCUGAGCAGACUAAUAUAGUCACAGAAUUAUUCUUUGAACUAAAACACAUCAUUGUUAUCACUUAAUAAUGCUAAUACAAUGACUUAUUUUUCUGUUUAUACAAAACAUUUAAAAAAUGUUUCUAAUCUAAAAAAUAACAAUAAAAUAUUUGUAUAACUAAUGGAAAUUUAAACAUUACAUAAUAUUCCACAUAUUAGUAAUCCUAGUCUACUGAUUUCCUCCAUAUUACAAGUUGUGAAUUUUUCUGCCUGUCUUUCUCCUAUCUGUGUUUACUCAUGGAAUUCCAGCCUCUUGCCUUGAAACCGUAGGCUCUUCUAACUUCAGCAAAAUAAAAUAUAUCAGCAAAAUAAGGAAAAAAAAUGUUCUUUCUUUCCGACUACAUUAAAUCAGAUACAACUCUGCACCAAACAGUUAUCCUUGUAAAUGUUGUUUCUAAUAAAUUGGUUUUGUAAGA